GCCGCGUAGCCCGGCGGGGCCAUGGCCGCCCGCCGCGGGGAGAAGGAGCCGCUGGACCCGGUGCGGCAGAACCAGCUCCUGUGCGAGCGGGUGCGGAAGGAGCUGCAGUGCCAGAGGCUGCACACGCAGUACAGCGUGAACCCGCUCCACCCCGUUCACACGAUCACCAGGAAACCUAUGUCUUGGCAUGAUAAUAUAGAAGAGCCAGCAGAUGCCAAGUUUCUGAAUCUUGUUCACCAUGCAGCACUGGAGCCAACAAAGAAAUAUUCAGAGCCACAAACUGAAAGCCAAGAAAUUGGCUGGAAUACAACACCUUUGAUUCCUAUGGACCGUACUGAUCGCAGACUGUACUUCCCAUGCCGGAGAACAGAGAUCACUAAAUAAAUGGCUGCCAUGGGGCACGGGGAGGAACAGAUUGGCAGUACAGUUAAUGACAUCUAAGGGCGUUAGGCCAGUCCGGUAGAUUUCUGUCAAGAGAAGAUAGCGAGAAAAGGCAAUAGAGGACCUCAGUCUGUCCAGGUUUGCAGCCUGACCAUAGUUACAGAAGUAAACCUAUUUAUAAGAUUGCUGCAUUUGUCUCACUGCUAUAUAAGCCCACUUAUAUAGCAAAAAUACUUUAAAAAAUACUUUAACAUCUUGAAAGGCUUCAGAGUUCUUAUUUUGACAUUGACAACACGACCCAGAACUCAAGUUCACCAAGUACACGUCAACAGUAGCUGUGGAAAAAACUGUCAGAAUGAAGGAAACAAAGGGCAGGCUUCAGCCACCAUUCAUAACACAGCUAAAUGUGAAUGAGACAUUGUUCUGUGCAAACCAUUUAAUGCAUUCACACACCAAAUGUUUAAGAAGGAAACAAUCCUUCACAAAACUGACAGCAAGAAGAAAUUAGUGAUAAGGCACUAGUCUCCACUGACUUUUUUUUUCUAGCCACUUGGAAACAUCCAGCUUGUUCCAUGGUUCGCUGCUUGAUGACAGCAGAAACAUCUUGCAACACGCAGAAACACAUCUUGCAACACGCAGAAACACAUCUUGCAACACGCAGAAACACAGGAAGCCCACUAGGGAGCA